AUGAGCGCCUUCACCGGUUCCCAGAAUGUAAUGCCACCCUCUCCAUAUGAGCGGUUGAGUCAGAGGAUGCUGGACAUUUCCGGGGACCGGGGUGUGCUAAAGGAUGUCAUCCGGGAGGGUGCCGGAGAUCUGGUGGCACCUGACGCCUCAGUGCUGGUGAAAUUUUCUGGUUACCUGGAACACAUGGACAAACCUUUUGAUUCAAAUUGCUACAGAAAAACUCCUCGAUUGAUGAAGCUUGGAGAGGAUAUCACACUCUGGGGCAUGGAGCUGGGCCUUCUGAGUAUGCGGAGAGGGGAGCUGGCCAGGUUCCUGUUCAAGCCGGCCUAUGCCUAUGGCACACUGGGGUGUCCUCCUCUCAUCCCCCCCAACACCACUGUUCUAUUCGAGAUUGAGCUUCUUGACUUCUUGGACUCAGCUGAGUCAGACAAGUUUUAUGCCCUCUCAGCUGAGCAACAAGAGCAGUUUCCACUUCAGAAGGUCCUCAAGGUGGCAGCAACUGAAAGGGAGUUUGGCAACUACCUGUUCCGCCAGAACCGCUUCUAUGAUGCCAAAAUGAGGUAUAAAAGGGCCUUGCUGCUUCUCCAUCGGCGGUUAGCUCCCCCUGAAGAGCAGCACCUGGUAGAGGCUGCCAAGCUUCUUGUUCUUCUUAACCUGUCCCUUGUGUACCUGAAGUUAGACCGCCCAACGGCGGCUCUGCGCUUUGGGCAGCAGGCUCUGACCAUUGACCAAAGGAAUGCCAAGGCCCUCUUCAGGUGUGGACAGGCUUGUCUCCUCCUGACCGAAUACCAGCAGGCCCGGGACUUUCUGGUGCAAGCUCAGAAGGAGCAGCCCCUCAAUCAGGACAUCAACAACGAGCUGAGGAAGCUGGCCAGCUGUUACAGAGACUACAUGGACAAAAAGAAAGAAAUGUGCCACCGAAUGUUUGCUACUUGUGAAGACGGCUCCACUGUGGGAGGAAACUGA